CUGAGCUUCCAUAACUUGGGCCCGAAUGCGAGACACAGAACGCCCACCUCACACAAAUCACCUAAACCGCAAUCCGCAAAUACUACGCAACCACCCAGCCAGUCAGUCUCCCACCCCCCCAACGCCCAACUCUUCCGCAUCAUAAAGCAGAGCCAGCCCCUUUUGCUCCUCAUCCUCGCUGCAGAACGACUUGGCUUCCGCAGACGUCAGUACUAAGAGAAAACAAUACCGCGGCCUUUCUCCUGCUCCUACUCGCUCAGAAAUAGCUUCCUCUCCCGCUCUUAUCAAGCCACGUAAUUGCCGGGUCACCCCCUCCCCGCCGCAUUGUGAAGAUCUCCCACCACACCCGCACAAACAUGUCGUCCCCUCAGGACCGCGCCCAGUACUACAUCGGGCAGCUCGACCGUGAGCUGUCCAAGUACCCCGCCCUCAACAACCUCGAGAAGCAGUUCGGCGUCCCCAAGGCCUACGCCGUCGUCGGCGUCGUGGCCCUCUACUUCUUCCUGAUCGCCUUCAACCUCGGCGGCCAGCUCCUUACCAACAUUGCCGGCUUUGGAAUUCCCGCCUACUACUCGCUGGGUGCCCUCUUUACCGCGAACAAGGAGGACGACACGCAAUGGCUCACUUACUGGGUCGUUUUUUCUCUCUUCACUGUCAUAGAGAGCCUGGUUAGCGUUGUCUACUGGUUCCCCUUCUACUACACCUUCAAGUUUGUCUUUCUCCUGUGGCUGUCGCUUCCGGCUUUCCGCGGCGCCGACAUUGUGUUCCGCUCGUUCCUCCAGCCCACCCUUUCGCGCUACUUUGUGCACGGCUCGCCGUCCAGCAACCUCCGGGCCAAGGCCGACGCGCUCAACAAGGAUCAGUAAGCGACUGGCGCGGUCUUGGGUGACCCGGACGCCCUCAUGGCGGCGAACGCGGGCGAAGCUCCCCGCGGGGCAUGUCGGGGCUUCAGACAAGUCGCAAAAGCAUGAUUACUGUACGUCGCGGCGCGCAAUGGGUCGCUCGCACCACCGGCAAAAACGGGGCAAGUUAUGAACGACACCUAGUGCAGGGCUAGCCCGGCAUUCCGGUCCGGAUCGACGAUGGACGGGCCACCGGUACCAGGCUCAGUACAGUUACAAGGAUAUUCAUCUUGGGUAUGAAAGUUCAUGAUGGGGCAUAGCACGGAACGGGGACGGCACGGAUAUGGGGAUAGGAUGGUAUGGCUGGUUACAGGUUGGAUUUACAGCUGUAGGGGACAUGGUUUAUAGGGGACGGCGGGUUUCCUGGUGGGCUUCAAUAGAAGUAUCUGGUUAUUUAUGGGGUUGUUCCUGCUGUGUUAGGCGCUACGUGACGGCACUCGAUGUAUUCUCCGGACAGUCUUUAUAUGUUACACCCCAUGUCACAAGGACGACCUCAUAUUGCUGUUCUGGGCUUUUUUGCACUGCGUUGGCAUCCUACUGUCCUUUGCACAGAAAAAAAACACAAAAAAACAAGAGCUCGUGCUCCAGGCCGGUGUGUGUAACCCCG